AUGUGGAAUUCCGCUGUCUUAUUGACACUUACUUCAACAUAUGUCUUACUUCUGAGAGCCUCCACUAUUUCUGUGCUAUUCUAUGGUGCCUUAGUUCUAGCUUCUGGUUUUGUGAAGAGUUAUAGUGGCUAUGUCGUUUGUGAAUUCUUCCAUGGUGUGUUCCAAUCAGGUUGUGACAGUGCCGUCUUUUAUAUCCUUGCCCAUUAUUAUGAGAGAAGAGAAUCACAAAAGAGAAUCUCAUAUUUGUAUUCCACUCAGCACAUUGCCAUUCUUGUUAAUAACGUAGUAUGCUACGGUAUCAACCUUCAUAUGCAUAACCGGUAUGGGCUUGAAACUUGGAGAUGGCUAUUGAUAAUCCAAGGCAGUAUCACCAUGGGCACUUCUAUCAUCUUGUUUUUCGUUUUGCCAGACUUCCCUGAAGGUAUGAGAUUCUUCACUAACAACGAAACCCUCUUCAUCGUCAAGAAGUUGGAAGUUUACUUUGGGAAGUCGGGGUACAAUAUUAGUUUCUCUAGGGAAGAUGUCACCGAAACCCUUAAAGAUCCGAUGAUUUGGCUCCCAGGGAUCACUGCCAUGUUCUUGGGCUGUGUUACUUAUGUUUUCACUUUCAUCGAGACUAUCAGUUUCAGCUUUGCUGGUUACUCACUUGAGGGUGCCAUGGAAAGAGCGACGUAUACAUGGAUUGUUGGGUUCUUUUAUAUUCUUAUUACCGGGCAUAUGUCGGAUUACUUUGGCAAACGGUCUCCAUUCAUCAUUGCUAGUUCUAUAUUUUCAUUGUACGGACUUUUGGUGCUUCGGUAUGCUGACUACUUGAGUUUGCGAAACGCUUGGAGAUAUUCUACUAAUUUCUUGAUUGCUUGCGGGUCAUACUCUGCUUUUCCGCAUUUCAUUGGAUGGGCAACUUUCAACUUAUGUGGACACUUGAGAAGGUCUGUGGCGACCUCGCUCAUGAUUAGCUUAUCAGAUUUGUCAGGUCUUUAUGGAUUGUUUGUUCUCCUUAAUAACAAUGCCGAACUCACCAAGGCUACCACGGUAGGGUAUAUCUGGGAAAUUGUGGCGAUUGUAUUGGUAUUUGGAUAUGUGUUCUUGGUUUAUCACGAAAACAAGAAGAAGAGAUCAGCAGAAUAUAAAGACAAUUUCCACCUGCUUUCUGAACGAAAGAAAAUUCUGAUGGGUGACAAAAACCCAAGCUUCGAUUAUAUGUACUAG